GGACUCGACCUGGGCCGCAGGAGUUCCCGUUCGUUCUGUUCACGGAGUUGGCCGCAUUAGCAAUAGCCAACUUGAGGCUCCACGGCGGGCACGAUGCAGCUCCUGGUGAGGGUCCCUUCUCUUCCAGAGAGGGGCGAGCUGGACUGUAACAUCUGUUACCGGCCCUUCAACCUCACCGGCCGCGCGCCCCGCCGCCUACCCGGUACUGCGCGCGCCCGCUGCGGGGACCGGGUCCUGAGGCCCGCUCGCCGCUGGCGGCGUCCGCUGCCUAGCAACGUGCUGUACUGCCCAGAGAUCAAGGAUAUUGCCCGCAUGACCCGGUGCACGCUGUAACUGAGGAAGACGGAAGUUAUAGCAGAAGGACGGUGGGAGCUGCAGCCUCUGGCGCGUUUCAGUAGGGGCUAAAUGUCAAGACUACACCCUCCCCUAUCUGGGGUUGGAGUAUGAUGAGGGAGUUGAGCCGAAGGCCAGAGGGAACGCCCUGGCAGGUGUUGAUGCUGAGCUGAGGGCCCUAGGUGAAUUCGCCCCCAUAUACUGAUGGUGCCAGCGUUACGUUUUCAUGAUGGAGUAGCCCAGGGAUGAUGUAAACAAAGCCUACAUUACUGUGGGAGGAACUUGGCUUCUGCCCCGGGAGUCUUUGGUAUGUGGGAGCAACAUAUCACAUUUUAGCAAUUGUAAAUGGUUUGAAGUUUUUAAAAAAGAUGGAAGUCACGUGAGAAGUGAGAACCUCACUUCUCUAGCAUGUAAGGACACUGGUAUGCCUGUCUCCCCACUCCCACUUGUGUUUCAAAAUUUACUGAGAUGCCUCCCUGUUAUGAUUAGAGGCCUUGCUUCAUUUCCCAAUCUCCCUUCAGCCUGCUAGGGCAGGUAUCAGAAGGUCCAGUGGGCAUUUAUGUGAGGCACUUAAUUAAAUAUCAGGAAUGGAAGGCGAGCCAUUUGGUGAGGGCAUUGCAAUUUAAAUUUUUUAUAUUAUCUGUAUUAUUUUUCACAAGGACACUGGCACUAUUGGAAAAAAUGUUUAUAAUUUUAAACUUGUGUCAUAUAAUGUCAUACAACCAUCUGUUGUAUGCUGUCAGUUGCUUAGUCAUAGUCAAGAACUAUCAGUGGUGUCAAUGAGAGCUUGUUGAAAGUGCAGAAUUUUAGGAUCCCACUCCACACUUGACUGUACUUUAACAGUCCCAGUAAUUCAUUUGCAUACAAGUUUAAGAAGCAACUAGACACUCUAUUAUAUCACCAUCUGUUGGUAUAAUAUUUAAAACAAUACAUUAUACUAUCUUAUUGAAAGUUCCAGAGUAACAUUCUGUUGAAGAAAACUUCCAUUUUUCUGAGUUAAAAAUGUGAAGUACUUUAAGUGUAGGCCUCAAUUUGUUAGGGGUCUCCAAGGUUUAUUUUUGGUGUUUGCACAACUCUGUAAAUAUACUAAAAACUUUUUUUUUUUUUUUUGG